GUCUGGGCGUCGCGUGGUUGUGGUGUCCGCGGCCUCCCGCUCCGUCAGCCGUCAGCUUCCCUUGCGCUGUCAGACUCGCUCUCCUCAUCCUCAUCCCCCCCGUCAGCUGUCAGCUUCUGCCCUCCUCCUUUUCAUCCUCCUCGCCGCCAUCAGCAAAUAAGGACUUCGACCUGGCUGGUUCGUCGAGUUCGCGGAGUGGAGUUGGGAGUACAGAAAAAAUAAAACCAAUGUGAACUCAAAUUUUGGGAACCUAAAGAUCUGAGAUCUGAACAUAUAGAAAAUGGAAUACCAGUGUAGUGACAUAACAGUAAGGACGAAAUAGAAAAGAAGGAGAGCGAUAAAGAGAGAGAUAAAGAGAAAGAGAGAGGGAGAUAAAGAGAGAGAGAGCAAUGGAAUUCGGACUCGGCCUCGUGACGGCGCCCCCUGACCCGGAGUGCGCGAGCGGCGAGUGCGACGGCUUCGUCGUGCCCCACACGAUCCCUUCGCCCCAGACCGCUGCCGUCAACUCCAUGUUCCCUUCCGUCACCACCUCCUCCCCGACCGCCGAUGUCGAGCCUCCGGAAGACGCCGACGGCCUGCCCAACCUCUCGUUCCCCGCAUACAUGCAGGGCAUCUACACGACCUGGUGCCUGGUCCUCCUGCUGGUGGGUCUCGCGGGGAACAUCCUGGUGCCUGUCUUGGUGCUGAGGGACCGCGAACUCCGGGGGGCGUCCACCAGCAUCUUCAUCGUCAACCUGGUGGCGGCGGACCUGCUGGUGCUCGUGGUGUGCCUCCCGGCCCUGCUAUGCGAGCUCUACGCCCCUCCCGACGUCUGGGUCCUCCCGCCGUCCAUGUGUAAAGUGGUGCCCUACGUGGAGUUCACGGUGGCCCACGCGUCGAUGCUGACCAUCCUGGCCAUCUCCGUCGAGCGGUACCGAGCCAUCUGCCACCCGCUGACGGCAGCAGCGACGUGCAGCAGAGCCAGGGCCACGGCCGCUUGUCUGCUGGUCUGGGUCCUCGCCACGUCGAUCACCAGCCCUGUCAUCGCUCUUACGGAAUACGAACGCACGAAUUACGUAGAUGAUUCGGUAGUACCUGUUUGUUACACUCGCAUCGACAAGCUGUGGGCCAAGGUGGUGGUGAUGCUUGGGACGGUGGUGGUGGUCUUCUUCGUGUGUCUGUUACCUUACCGUGUCUUCAGUUUGUGGAUCAUCUUCACCAGCAAGGAAACGGAACAGUCCCUCGGACAGGAGGUCCACUUCAACCUGCUCUACGCGACCCGCACGCUCGUCUACGUGAACUCGGCCAUCAAUCCCGUCCUCUACAACAUCACUUCGUCCAAGUUUCGUGGAGCUUUUUUCAGGCUCCUCGGCCUCCGCGGCGCCGACGGCACGACCUCCUCGACCCACCAGACGACCACGACCACGACGGCCAGCGCCUCCCUGUCCAGCACCCUCAACAAGUCGCGCCACCCGUGGAAGAGCCAGAGGCUGCUGGUGCGCUGCAGCUACACGUGUCUCAGCUGGGAGGGGGAGACGCGCCCCCUGGUGGACCGGCGGCCCGCCAGAGCGGCCACCUGGGCCAGCACCAACGCCGCCAUCCAGCAGAGUCCGGCCGCCAGCCCGUUCCUGGCGAGGGCGCCGUGCACGCGGGCCGCGGUCAAGGAGGCGGAGAGCUUCGUCUGAGGAGAUCGUGAGAGGGAUUCCGACAGAGCUCCUUGCUCGUUUCUUCUCCCUUUUCAAACCCGGGAAUUUACGCUUUCGGUGUUCCGUGUGCUGUGGGUGUGCGUGGUGUAUGUACGUAUGUGUGUGUGUUUCACCUUUGUUGUAAAUAUGUUAUUCGAUAUAUUGCGCAGAUCUGUUAUACUUAAGGUAUUUGGCUACAGUAAAUUCAUAAUGUA